AUAUUUCUGCAGAGCGAGAAACAGCAAAAAGAAAAACUGAAAGGGUUUUGUAAUAAAAAUAAAUUACUUCUAUUUUAUUUCGAUAAUUCAUGAAUUCUCCACAUCAUCAUCAUCAUUAGCGAUAUCAGUAAGUAAUUUCUGGUUAGGAAGUAUGUUUAGCUAAAUGUUUAGUACUAAUUUCUGUUAUUAAAUUACACUGUUAAUUGUCUUGUCCCCUACUCUCUCUUUUUUCUUGUUCUUGUCACUGUCCUGUAAUUCAGAACUGAUUGUAUUUGCAUCACUACAUUGUGAAAAAUUCUGCGAAUUCAGCAUCGGUUUUGGAGGGAUUCAUUUUGUCUACUGGGUACGUGCUAUUUGUUGCAAUUUUUUUUCCUGUUCUGUUACGUGGAAGAAAUAAAAAAAUUUGGGGCUCUCUCCUCGGAUUGUUUUGUUUCAGUGAUAAAUUUCACUUUCUGGUAUGGAAUCGGUCACUGCAGUGGAAUUUUGUUUAAUUUUAGGUGAAUUUUUAUUUAUUGAUUGAUUAAUCAGCUUGAAUUCAAACUGUUAGCUUUGACGUGAAUAGGGUCUGUUUUGUUUUCGUCAAAAUAUAUGUGUCUAAUUUUGUUUUCGUUUUUCCCUUUCUUUAUCUGUUAUGCAGAAAAUGGAAUGUAUGUGGUGUGUGAUGGAUUUUUCUAUGUUUUCUUUUUAACUGUGAUUUUUUGAGCAGUUGCCCUAACUCCAGAAUAUAAUGAGUUUGUGCCCAGCAGCAGUUUUGAUUUUUUAUUUGAUAUUGAAAACUAUGUCAAGCGUACAGGGGGGGCUUUAUUCUGUGUUCUUGGUGGAGCGGUCUGAUUCUGAUACUGUCCUGGCUUUCCACUGUUUUGCUUAAAGAGGCACUGACACAACCUGCUAGGUUGAAUUGAUUUUGCUGCAGUUAAUCAUAAACUUCUUCUUCAACCACGCAUUUAAGUAGUUUGGUUUUAAGAUUCGGCUUUCAAUUUUUGAAACUUGCUCUUAAGUUGGAUGAAUAGAGAGAGGAAGAAUACGUUUAUCUUAUUUCUAGAUGUUUCUUUCAAUUGACAAAAGAUUUAAGAACUGAAAUAGAAUGUAGCAAUUUACUUUCUUUUUUCUUUUUUUAAGUUUUAAUCUUCAGAAUUUUGAAUUGCAGUAUUUUUUUUUCCUUCUCUUGCAUUCAUUCAGAAACCAACCGAAGGCUAAGGAACUGAAAGUUGAAAUAUUUUUUGGCCACUGGUGAAUGAAGCCAUCAAAUAACAUAUGGAUUCGGCGCCAGCAGUGCCCAUGUGGAGAUUGGAAGUGUUAUAUUAAGUAUGAGGGAGAUGAUCAGACUUCAGCAAGCUCUCAGCUAGGAAGGAGUGAGACAACAUCAACAGAAUUAGUCUUCACUCCUUACGUGGGUCAAAUUUUCAAAAGUGAUGAUGAUGCUUUUGAAUACUACUCCAAUUUUGCUCGGAAGAAUGGGUUUUCAAUUAGGAAAGCACGGUCGACUGAAAGCCAACAUUUAGGGAUUUACAGACGAGAUUUUGUUUGUUAUCGUUCUGGAUUUAAUCAACCACGGAAAAAGGCAAAUGUGGAGCAUCCCCGAGAUCGGAAAUCAAUACGAUGUGGAUGUGAUGCAAAAUUGUAUUUGACAAAGGAAAUUGUUGAUGGUCUUGCCCAAUGGUAUGUCUCACAGUUUAGCAAUGUUCAUAACCAUGAACUGCUGGAAGAUGACCAAGUGCGUUUGCUACCUGCAUAUCGGAAAAUACAGGAGGCUGAUCAAGAGAGGAUUCUUUUGCUAUCCAAAGCAGGGUUUCCUAUUAAUCGGAUAGUGAAGGUGUUGGAGUUGGAAAAAGGAGUUCAACCUGGACAUUUUCCCUUUAUAGAGAAGGAUGUUAGGAACUUUGUUCGGACUUGUAAAAAGACUGUUCAAGAAAAUGAUGCUUUGCUCACUGAGAAGAGAGAGAAUGAUACAUUGGAACUCCUUGAGGCCUGCAAGUCUGUGGCUGAAAGGGAUCCAGAUUUUGCUUAUGAUUAUACCACAGAUGAAAAUCAAAAGGUUGAAAAUAUAGCAUGGUUGUAUGGGGAUUCUGUUCGUGCAUAUACGUUGUAUGGCGAUGUAGUUACUUUCGACACCACAUAUCGUUCUAUUACCUACGGCUUGCUCCUAGGAGUUUGGUUUGGCAUGGAUAACCAUGGAAAAGCAAUUUUGUAUGGAUGUGUUUUGCUGCAAGAUGAAAGUUCUCAUUCUUUCACAUGGGCUUUACAGACUUUUGUCCGCUUUAUAAAAGGAAGACAUCCACAGACAAUUAUAACAGAUAUGGAGUUGGCCCUUAGGGAUGCCAUAGCAAGGGAGUUGCCAAAUACAAAACAUGUUGUAUGUAUAUGGCACAUUCUAUCUAAGUUAUCCAGCUGGUUAUCUUUUCCCCUUGGAUCGCGGUUUGAAGAUUUUAAAGCUGAGUUUGACCUCUUGUGUCAUGAGGAAAAUGUAGAAGACUUCGAACAUCAAUGGAAUCUUUUGGUUGCCAGAUUUGAACUUGUUACAGAUAAGCAUAUGGCUCUACUCUUUUCAUAUCGAGGAUUUUGGUCAAUUUCCUACAUUAGAGGUUCAUUUCUGGCUCGCACAAUGGCACCUGAGUUUUCACAGUCUCUGCACACAUUCCUGAAAAGAAUCUUGGGUGGACAAACAUGUCUGCAAGCAUCUUUUGAGCAGAUUGGUCUUGCUGCAACUGUUGGAAAUCAAACCAGAGAUGGGACGCCGUAUAUGCAUAUCAAGACAUGCUUGCCAAUUGAAGAACAUGCACGCAGUGUGCUUACACCUUAUGCCUUUAAUGUGUUGCAGCAUGAAAUUGUAUUGUCGUUGCAAUAUGCUAUACAAGAAAUGGCAGAUGGAUCAUAUCUUGUCCAACACAUCAAGAAAAUGGAUGGCGAACGUUUUGUAAAUUGGAUGCCAGAAGAUGAGCAAAUUCACUGUUCUUGCAAGGAAUUUGAACAUUCGGGGAUAUUAUGUAGGCACUCUCUUAGACUGCUUGAGGUGAAAAACUACUUUCAGCUCCCAGAAAGAUAUUUUCCCCUUCGCUGGCGACGGGACCAAUCACUGGUUCCUAUGGAUGAUCAAAAUGCUCAAAGCAACAACGAUGAGUGUGCUCAAGCCUUCCAUGCUCUUGCUGAAGCUCUAUUGACAGAGUCCUUGAUAUCGAAGGAACGUUUUAACCAUGUACAAAGAGAAAUUACGGGGCUCCUUGCUGAAGUUAGAAGUAUGCCAGUGGCUGAAGAAUUAUCUCUGAAUAUACCCCCUAACAAUGUCAGUGAAACGUAGUUUUGUUGAUGUAGCAAACAGUGGUAUAUGACUGCAGUUAGAAUUUCAUUCAAAUUGUUGGAUAUAUUUGGACAAGGGAACAAAAAAACAAAAAACAAAAGUGUUGAAAGCAUAGAAAAGAUAGUUACUGUCGAUUUUAAUAUGCCUAUGGAUUUUGGCAAUCAAAAUGGAGGUGGUGAAAAAGCCAUUUUUGCCC